AUGAUUGUGCAAUUGUGGCUUAUUUUUAUUCUGGCCAUUUCCAGUACGUGGGCUGAUAGUGAUGAUACAUCAACUGAUAGUACUUUAACGUAUGAUACUCCAAUAAAUGAUGUGUCAACAGAUGAUACAUCAACAGAUUUUUCACAAACAAAUACAACAAUAACGAAAAAAAUUGUAAAUGGUAAAUGGGCUAAUAUUGGUGAAUUUCCAUACAUGGUAAGUAUUAGAAGCGGUGGUAGUCAUUCAUGUGGUGGAUCAAUUCUUGAUUCAACUCACAUAUUAACAGCUGCUCACUGCAUCACAGAUGAUGGUCCUGGAAAAUGGUCAAUCAUAAAUUUAAAAAACUUACAAAUUUUGACGGGAACAAUUCUAGCUUAUCCUUUAUUUCCAAGUCUCUAUCGAGUUAAACAUGCUUAUGUACAUGAAAAUUAUGAUCAACAUAAUGUAUAUGCCAAUGACAUUGCUAUCUUGACCUUGGAAAAACCAAUAUCUUUUAAUGCAUAUCAAAAACCAAUUCCAUUACCAGAAGUUGAUGUGCCUGCAGGAGCAAAAGUAACACUCAGUGGAUGGGGAAGUUUAAGUUAUCCAGCUGGAGCUUUGAAUCAGCCAGCAUUCAUGAGAAAAUUGGAGACUGAAGUUAUAAGUAAUACUCUUUGUCGAAGUGUUGUUCACAAGGACAUUGUAUCACAACAACUUUGUACAUUUAAACAAUCAGGAUAUGGAGCAUGUCAUGGUGACAGUGGAGGUCCUUUUGUUUAUAACAAUACAGUCGUUUCAGUAAUUUCAUUUGUAUCAAAUGGGUGUGCACGAGGAAAACCUGAUGUUGGUGGAAGACUGAUUAAAUAUACGAAAUAUCUUGUGUAA